CAGCCGGGAGCAGUUAGACACUGCCGCAGCCGGCUCGGCAGCGAUUGCUCCUGCCUGCUGCGGCGGCGCGAGGGCGGGCGGGCGCCAUGGCGGCGCGGGGGGCUUCGCGCCUGACCUGGUGCCUCCGCCGAGUCGGGGUGAGCGGCGACUGGCUCCUGCUGGAGGCCGGCACCGAGGUAUCUGUAGGCCGAGGAUUAGAUCUUACGUACCAGCUGGUGUCAAAAACUUGUCCCUUGAUGAUCUCUCGUAAGCACUGUGUUUUCCAGCAAAAUGCAGAAGGGCAGUGGACUGUUAAGGAUAACAAGAGUUUAAAUGGAGUCUGGCUUAAUAAACAGCGCCUGGAUCCCUUAAAAGUCUAUCCUAUAGCUGAAGGAGACCGUAUCCAGUUAGGAGUGCCUUUGGAAAACAGAGAGACUGCUGAAUAUGAGUAUGAAGUAAUCAGGGAGGAAUGGGAGAAAAUCAGACCCUUCCUAGCCCAAAGGAAUGACUUGGGGAAAACUAAGAGUCCAAGAACUAAACGUAAGUAUAGCUUGGAAGAGUCGGAAAUAUCUGGAUCAGAAGGCCCUUCAGAUUCCAGAUCCAAAAGAGACAGAGUGUCCUGUGAUAGUGAACCUUCGGGUAAAUCAUGGGAAAGGGUAGAACAGGCCAAACACAUAACAGAAAAGAUGGAUGUCAAGCUACCUUCUCCUGGACCAAGUGAGGAGCAUAGAGGUCCUGUGCACUCUGAGAAAGCUGUAUCUGUCACCCAUAAGGACCAGAAAGGCUCUGGUCUUGCACAGUCUUGGACUUGCUUGGAAAUGCUGAGGAAAACUCUGGUAGAUAUAAUGAAGCUGAAAGUCAAAGUACAGGAGAAGCAGACAGCAGUUCUCAAUAUGAAGCAGAAGCGCAGGAAAUGUGCUCAGAAGCAGAUCCUGGCAAUGGAACAGGAGCUACGGGAGCUACAGAACCAGUUGUGCCUAGAACAAGAGCAGCAUCAGCAGCAGGUGGAAGAGCUGGAGAAGAUGUUCUCUAAAGAGCAGCAGAAACUAGAGGGAGUGAAGUGGCAACAUGGGGAAGAGAAUCUGAAGGAGCAACUGGCCCAGGUCCUGCAGGAGCAUCGUGCUUUGAUGGAAGAACUGAGCCGUAGUAAAAAAGACUUUGAGGAGAUAAUUCGAGCCAAGAAUAAAGAACUGGAAGAAACCAAGGAGGAAAAGGAAAAGGUGAGAGCUCAGAAAGAAGAGGUGUUGAAUCAGAUGAAUGAUGUGUUGGAGAAUGAGCUACAGUGCACAAUCUGUUCCGAGCACUUUAUUGAGGCAGUCACUCUGAACUGUGCGCACAGCUUCUGCUCCUACUGUAUUAAUGAGUGGACAAAGCGUAAAGUGGAGUGUCCCAUCUGCAGGCAGGAGAUUAAAUCGAAGACACGCUCUCUGGUGCUGGACAACUGUAUUGACAGGAUGGUAGAAAAACUGGAUGUAGAAAUGAAAGACCGUCGCCUCACCCUUAUCAGAGAGCGGAAAGAGAAACGGGAUGUGUUGGUGAACCUAGCCACGGACAAUGACAACACUGUAAUUUCCUCCAUCUACUCCAUCUUGUUGGUGAGCAGUUGUGACAACGAGAACUCUGAGGAGGAUUCUAAAAUGAAUGAUAACUACUAUAUUAUUUAAACACUGCUACUGCAGACUGGUUUACCUGUAUGCUGCCCAGAACGAACCUAAUGGUGUUUGGUUUACUACUGCUGGAUGAGUGGACUGGACAUUUGGAAGGAGAGUUCUAUGAGGAAGCUGGAGCUGAGAACUGGCAGCAUUUGGAAGAAGGAUCUUACUUUUUAAAUGAAUGUACAGAAACUUGAUCUCCAAAGCAAAACUGGGAUUGUGGGAGAAAAAUCUUGUCAUGCCAGGUGGCUAACAUACAAAACCUAGGCUUCCGUGAUCAUUUGUGACCUGCUCAGUUGGUAUAAUGUAUUAGUUUGUAUGCAUCACUGCCCUUUCUGUGGCGAAUGACAUGUUUAUAUGUGUGCAUCAACUUUCCCAUAUUUCAGACAGCAGAGGGAGUGGCCCAAGUUAUUUGAGAACUUAGUCGUUUUCACCAUCAGACAGCAGAGCUAUAGCAGGAAAAAUGCCAUUGUAGUUUUUUCUCUUGAAUUUUAUAUGGCAGCUGGAGCCAUCCCAGGCUCCCCUAAUAGUAGAAGUAACACUUGUUUCAGAGGAUGGUUAUUGACCCUGUCAGCCUUCAGUGCUUGAAUGCAUUGUAAGCUGAGUUGCUGUGAAGUGAAAAUGAGAACAUUGCUCAUUUUCUGUUAGGUAGGGAUGGAGAGGAUUAAAUCAUCUAGAAAUUCCUAGCUUGUGCUGUUUUCAUGUAGCAUCUUUAGUUUGUUCCUUCAGGCUUUUGCAUAAAGUGUUAUAGAAAUGGGAAGCAGCACAUUCAGAAAUUAUUAGUAAUGACUUUAGUUACUCAUUUAGCUUUUGCCAGCAGCUGAGAGGAACCUUGGUCUCUUCAGAAGUGUUGCUAUUUGAAUUAAUGAAAUGCCCUGGUGACAAGGUGGGAAAGCAGCAUUUGUAGGCAACCACAAGGUACAGAAGGAAGCAUUUUGGUUUUAUUGUUUACAAAAUAUUGCUGUUGAGCUGUGGUGUGUACUACCCUCACAGCAAAUCAAUAAUACCUAAAAGGCUGAGGAAGACUUGCCCCCAUCCUAUCCAGGAUGGCCUAUGAAGUUCUGUUUUCAACGGCCUAUAUUUUUGACUUAUCUGUUGCAUGGAAAGGACAGUUUUGCCACUGCAAGAAUGGGAUGGGGGAAGUCCUUCUGUUCUGUAAUUUCUUUGGCUGUUUCUAUAUACUUUUUUGUUUUUAUGUUCCUUCUGUUUAAGGAGGAAAAUAUAAACCCAUUUCUGCAUUAUUCUUCCUUGGUGCAACUGCUGAGACAAAUGUCUUUCUCCUAGUUAUCUUAGAAUAUUCAAGAGAACCCAGAUUUUCUCAUUUUAAUGGUUCUAUUUGCUUAAUGUUUUGAUUGCUCUGAACAGUUUUAGUGUUUGACUGUUUUUAAUUUAUUUGAAAGACUUGUGUGCUCAAGAAUUGAUAAGACAUCCCAGCUCUUCAGCCCUGUGUUAGCAGUGGCUACCCUAACAAUAAUUCAGUAGAUACAAUCACACCUCUUUAUUCUUCUAAAGAAAGAUCUCAUUAAAAACAUAGGGAGGUAAUUGAAGGAGGAUGUUGUCCCAAGAAAAUAGUGCAUUCUGAUGGGUUCUUUUUUUGAUUGGUAGGACUUAAAGAAUGAAGAGCAAUGUAAGCCAGGCAACUUUCUUAAAAUCUUGAUGUAAGGUUUCUCUUGUGCAAGAGCUAUUACAUCUUGAGGUUUCCUUUUGUCCUUUUAAUAUCCAUUUUCUGCAUGCGGUCUUGGAAGUUUCUGUUAGUGAGUAUAUGCUCUCCAGAGCGUCUGUGAGAAGGGAGUUCCACAAAAUGUGUGUGAAAUAUUCUGGCAUUGGUGUAAGACCUUUCUGUUGGAGUGGAAUGGGGGGGGGGGGAUUAUUCUGGCUACCUAGGACUGCAAAUUUUUCUACCUUGUAUCUCUUUCAUGUUGCUGUGCUUUUUUGCCUUUUUUUUUCCUAAAUAUUUAUUUUGUUAUGUCAGCAUUUAUACAUACUACAGAAAAGAAUAAUGUUUCUCCUAGUUACAGAGUAGUUCUUCAGUGUGCCUGUUAAGUGUGUCCCCUUUCCACUGAAAUAUAAAGAACUUUAGUAUACUAAAAACUUUUCCACUGUUAUCAGUGAGUGCAUGUAGGGUAUAAAGGUUCAAAGAGAGAUGCUAAGUAGUAACAGUGUUUACUUGUUACAGCAUUUCACUGACAAAAGUAGACUUCCUCAGGAAAACUAUUAUCCAGUACAAAGUUGCUCAGUAGAUAUACAGAAGUGUUAAGUGAAGUUCAAACUGUUGCCCUUCUGGAUGCAUAUACCUUUCAUACUAUGGUCUCCUGAGGUCUAAGGUAUGGAUCCUGUUUUCUGUUUACUUGCACAGUAAAUAGAAACUUUUAUAGUGAAUGACUAUAAAUUAGCUUCGUAGAGUCUAAAAUGAUCGUUCUAGCUGUUGGGCCCUAAAUCAGAUCAUUCCUCUUGAGGCAGACCAAAAGCAGAGAAAGACUUUAUAUAAACAAAACAUAACAGAAGACUGAAAAUGAGUUGAAUUGCAAGCUUUUAAUUGACUUCCAAGUUAAACACAGGGAGCAUGUAGAAAGUGGAAUGAGUCUAGGUUAUUCGAUUCCUUCAUACUUGAGAUGUGUGUUUAUGCAUGUAUAUAUGUAUAUGAAAUGAAGUAAGACUAAAGGUAGCAAGAAAUCAUUCAGUUAGCACAUAUCUAAUCAGAGGAAGAUCGGGAAAAGAAUCAAUUUUCCAUUGAAUAGCAGAUCAGUAACCAGUGAUGAGCUAAGAAAAACAGUGCUUUUUUUUUUAAUCUAAAUCAUCUUUAAGGUUGAUAUUAAUCAAAUGAUUUAUACAAUGCUGGUGACCAAGGAGCAAAGCAGUAGGCCACUAGCUAGAGUUUUGAAAUAAUGGAUUAGAGAGUACUUAGAUGAGAUGUUUUCAGAUAACUAGGUAAGGUGAAAUUAAUCCUAGAAUACUUGGAGCGAUCUCAGAAUUAUUACAAUUCUCUGAGAAUUAGAGGACAAGUGAGGUAUUAGAAUACUGAAGAUAGAUGCUGUAUCUUUGAAUUGAGGAAAAAGGUAGAGAUAAGGAAUUGUAGACCUGUGAGCUUAACUUCUUUCCCUUACUCUCCACCGUCCACACAUUAUUAAAAAUACUUUUUUAUAAGCAUAUAGAAAACAAGAUGAAGACUAAUAAAGGUACUCGAUUACUCAACAGAACAUGCUAAAUACUGUUACUUUGAUAGAGAAAUUAGAAGAAAAUGUAGGUGUCUUAGUUUUUUGUAUACUUUUUUUGAUACUGUCUCUCAUAAGGAAGCUGUGGAAGGGUAAUCUAAAUGUGACUACUCUAAGGUCUGUUCAAAACUUUGUACUGAUCACAAAUCAGUGGUGGUAAAAGGAUUUAAGUGGAGAUGUGUCUUUCUCUUCCCUCCCCCCAUACAAUUCACUGUGAUCAAACAUAAGUUUCUGUGCUUGUGUAGGAGCAGUCAAAUACAGACUGUGAACAAAUUUGCCAGAUAGCAGUUCAACAGAAAGGGAUGGGAAAGAAUGUUACACUGACAAUAUGCUGCUCCAAAAAAAAGUAGGUGGUAUCUGUAUACAUAAAUGAGAAUAGGUCAUA